AAACAGAAUGGUUUCGCAUGCGCGCGAAUGCUUUCAAACCAUACUUGUAACAAAGUCCCAAAUGGAUGCAUCCUUGACCUCAUUAUAUUUCAUGACGCUGUCAUGGCAUACAAAAAGAUGCGAGCACGUUUUGAUCAGAGGCGAAAUUUGAAGAAUGAAUAUGAACUGCUGAUAAAGUUUGAUGAGCAAACCUAUGAUUUGUUUGGACUGUAUCAGCAAGCUGUAGUCGGUGAUAUUAAUGUACCAAAAAUGGAUUAUCGUGAUCCAAACGAAACCUCUUACAUGUGGUCGUGGAUCAAAGGUAAUCGUAAGUGGCAUGCUUGGAAUAAAUGCAAAGUUAAUGCCCUUAAAAAGGGCUUAGAUGAACUAAUCAAUGAAUGGAAAGAUGAAUUAGAUCCAAGGGUACCAAAUAAAGAUAUCUGGGUUCCAGAAGAAGAAAGAGAACAGUUCGAAAAAUUCUUAGAACAGGCUAAACUUGAAAGAAGGUGCCUGAUUUUUUUUCUUUGA